GUUUCGAUCAUCUAUAUAUAUGCAAGUAGCCUUAUCGUAAAGGCCAAACCCAAACACAAACACAAACCCAAAGUUUUAAUCUAUAAUUCUUAACCUAAUGAUGGAAGAAAUAGAAUGCAAACCACCAACUCAGCUCAUAGUAGAAGCUUCCAUUAGCAGUACUGACCAACCAGAGAAGAACAACGGUGAGGCGCUAUCUCCAUCAUGUUCCAAUAUAUUAACGAAGAUCCAUGCUGGGUAUUUUAGGAUAAGCCUUUCCCUUGGGUGUCAAGCUUUGUUGUGGAAGAUUCUGACUCAACCAAAUGGUGUUUCUCGAGAUGUUCUGCAUGUUUUCAGCAAGCUCCCAUCUACGGCUUGUUUGCUGCUAUGGUGUCUAGCUGCUUUAACACAGAUUUCACUGACUUUGGUUUAUGUUCUCCGAUGUUACUUUCAGUUCGAUUUGGUUAAGGCCGAGUUCUCACACCAUAUCGGAGUUAACUAUCUGUAUGCUCCUUGGAUUUCAUGGCUUGCCUUGCUUCAAUCUGCACCGAUUCUCCUUCAGAAUACCUGCCUUCUUUAUAUGAUUCUCUGUUGGACCUUUAUUGUUCCCUUGGCAAUGCUUGAUAUUAAAAUAUACGGACAAUGGUUCACAACGGAGAAACGGUUUCUAUCGGUAAUGGCAAACCCGACUAGCCUGAUAUCGGUGAUUGGGAACUUGGUAGCCGCUCGAGCUGCAGCACAGAUGGGCUGGAAAGAGAGUGCAGUUUGUAUGUGGUCACUUGGUAUGGUUCACUAUUUAGUACUCUUUGUUACACUCUAUCAACGCUUAUCGGGUCAAAAUUCUCUCCCUACGAUUUUACGACCAACCUUCUUCUUGUUCUUUGCUGCUCCCAGCAUGGGUAGUUUAGCUUGGAACUCCAUUACCGGAACUUUCGAUACCACAUCGAAGAUGCUCUUUUUCUUUUCUCUCUUCCUCUUCGUAUCUCUGGCUUGCAGGCCAUUCCUAUUCAAGAAAUCCAUGAGGAAAUUCAAUGUGGCAUGGUGGGCAUACUCUUUCCCGUUAACCUUCCUUGCCAUGGCAGCUGUUGAAUACUCACGAGAGGUGAAAUGUCAUGUUGCAACUCUCUUAAUGCUUUUGUUGUCAGUAGUGUCAGUUCUGGUUUUUCUUGGCUUAAUGAUGCUCACUGCUGCUAACAUUGACCGGCUGUUGGGUGGAACUGAUGAUCCCAUACUGGCUUUUUGCAAAAACAAGAAAUCAAAUGCUGGAGCCACGACGAAAUAAGUGCCUAAUACGGGUAUAUGUUUGAUAUGGGACGUAAUUCUAAACUAUUUCUAAGAUGUAUUUGGAGAACUCUUGGGUUUUAAUAAUCAAAUUAUAAAUAUUAAAUUAUGAAA